UGUAAGGCGCGAGCGUGGCGAGGCGAGGGCUGCGGCCGCGAGAUCUCUGGGUAAGUUAGCAGCUGGACUGUAGCGGUUUAAACACGAGUCUCCAUUGCUCAGAACCCGGGGAAGGACCUUGUAAGAAAGGGAAGGCGAGACCCGCUGCUUUGGCUUGGUUUUCAUCGCGUAGACACCUCUGCUGUAAAGAUGGUCAAUGUACCUAAAACUCGAAGGACUUUCUGUAAAAAGUGUGGCAAGCACCAGCCUCACAAAGUGACCCAGUAUAAGAAGGGCAAGGAUUCCCUUUACGCCCAAGGAAAGAGGCGCUAUGAUCGGAAGCAGAGUGGCUAUGGUGGGCAGACAAAGCCAAUUUUCCGCAAGAAGGCUAAAACCACGAAGAAGAUUGUGCUAAGACUUGAAUGCGUUGAACCAAACUGCAGGUCCAAGAGGAUGCUGGCCAUCAAGAGAUGCAAGCAUUUUGAACUGGGAGGAGACAAGAAGAGAAAGGGCCAAGUGAUCCAGUUUUAAACUUUUUGAUUUUUUUUUUCCCAUUUAAUUUUGAUGCGAAAAUACUGAAACUAGAAAAAUUACCUGUAGGGAAAUAAAUGACAAUUAUAUAAUCAUACCUAAA